AAAACAGCAGCUAAAAAGAUUUGAUUUUCUAGAAAAUUUAUUCCGAAUGUCAGAAAAAAUGAUUCGAAAAUAUUUCCCAAAAAAAAGUACCGUGUGAACUGAAAAAAAAUUCUCAUGUAAUUGUGAUCAGUGUUUGUGAUUUAUUAACUAUAUAGAAUAUAUCUAUCAAUUGUUUGUGAUAAAUAUGUCUGAAAUAUUUAAAUUUAAUCUAAUCAUCAUCGGUGGUGGAUGUUCAGGAUUAAGUACAGCAUUACAUUUAUUGAAACAAAAUUUUCCAGGAACAAUUGGACUCAUUGAAGCUCGAAAUCGUCUUGGUGGUCGUAUAUGGACCAUGAAAACAAAAAUUGAAGAGAAAAAAAUUGAAAUCGGUGCCAAUUGGAUUCAUGGUAUCAUUAAUAAUCCAAUAUAUGAAUUAUUAUAUCAAAAAAGAAUUAUCGAUUCAAAUAUUGAAUCAAAUAAUUCUAUUCAUAAUAUUCAAGCAAAAAUAUGUCAAAAUGGUGAUGAUAUCGAUACCGUUUGGAUACGUAAAGUAUAUGAUGUUUAUUCAUCGACACUAAAAAAAGCUUCACGAUUUAAUAAUAAUGAUGAUGAUGGAGAAACUUUAAAAGAAAUCCAAUUUUACAAUGAUUCAAUGGGAAAAUAUAUUGAUGCCGAAAUUAAUAAAUGGAUUGAAAAUGAAUUGAUGGCAAUUGAUUCGGAUCAAUCGACAACACAUCGAACAAUUAUUCGUAGCUUAUUUGAUUCAUUAAUAAAACGUGAAACAUGCAUAAGUGGCUGUAAUUCAAUGGAUGAUGUUAGUCUACAAUAUUUUGAUCAAUAUAAAGAAUAUCUAGGUCCACAUAUUACAAUUCCAUUAGGUUAUGAUUCAUUGAUAAAUGUUUUACUUGAUGAUAUUGAAGAAAUUGAUUUGGAUCAAAAUAGAUUUCAAUAUUUUCUUGAUUCACCUGUCCGAAAAAUUUGUUGGCCAGGACUAAGUAGAAAAUCUGUUGAAAAAAUUGCCGAUGAUUCAUAUCCAAUUCGAAUCGAAUGUUCAAAUGGAAUGAUUUUUGAAUGUAAACAUUUAGUUUUAACAAUAACACUUGGUUGUUUGAAAAAAUAUGUAAAAGAAAAUUUUUUCGAACCACCAUUACCUGAAUAUAAAAUCAAAUGUAUCAAUCGGAUGGGUAUCGAUAUUGUUGAUAAAAUUUUUAUGGAAUAUUCAUCUAAAAGUACAAUAUUCGAUGUAUUCACAAAAGAUGGCGUCACUAUCGAUGAAAUGAUGUUAUUAUGGAAUGAUGAUGAUGAUGAUGAUUAUGAUGAUGGUUCGAAUGUGGAGAAAACAACGGAAACCAACGAAAGUGACCAUAGUCAACCAUGGUAUAAAAAAAUCUAUUCCAUUUAUCGUAUAUCAGAUCAUUUUAUACAACUUUGGAUAUCUGGUAAUGAAGCACGAAUAUUGGAACAAUUGAAUGAACAUGAAAUCAAUGAACAAUUGACUAAACAAUUUCGUCGAAUAUUUCGAAAUCCACAAUUUCCAAUGGCCGAUAAUGUGAUUGUAACACGUUGGGGAAUGGAUCCAUUUUCAUUUGGAUCAUAUAGUUUCAUACAUAAACAUUCAUCACCUGAUGAUAUUGAAAAAUUAUCAAAACCAAUCUAUCUACAACCAAAUGAUGAAUUGCCUGCAAUCGUUUUCAGUGGUGAAGCGACCCAUAAAGAAUAUUUUUCCACCGUACAUGGAGCUUUUCUAUCUGGAAUUGAGGCGGCAAAAAAUUUUUCAAAUUAAAAUCAAAAUUUCUAAUUUUGUGAAUUCUGA